AUGUCGGCACCCGAAAAGAAACAGGAGGCCGACUUCACCUCCGAAGUCGACACACUGAUUCCCGAAGCACAAUCCCUCGCCUCCUCCUCCCAACUCUCCGCCGCACUCGAGAAAGUCUUUGCCCUCGAGAAGAAGUCUCGAAAUGCCGCCGAUCUCACCUCGACCACACGUCUGUUGCUUCUCGCCGUGCUGCUGGUACGAAACAGUCCAUCUCCCCAACAGACCAACUGGGAUUUGUUGAGCGACACCGUGACGAGCUUGAGCAAGAAGCAUGGUCAGCUCAAGAUGGCUACCACUCGAAUGGUGCAGCUGGUCAUGUGCUUCUUGCACCCCGCCGUCGAUCCCGAUGAGGAGAGGAGGAAGGAGCAGGAAGCCAAAGAUGAAGAGAUGAAGGAUCUCGCCGCCGAAAAGGCGGAGAAGGAGAAGGCCAAGGCGGCCAAGAAGGAGAAGGACGAGGGCAAGAAGGAGUCCAAGGAGGCCAAAGAUGCUCGAAAGCGACAGGAAGAUCAGGAGCAGCAGGAGAAGGAGAAAGUGGGCAAGCAGAACGCCAAAGUGAUGGAGCUCAUGGACGCCGCCAAACGAAUCGGCGACGUCGGAGUUGACGACAAGACCCGCAAAAAACUCGUCCAGCUCCUACGAACCGUCACCGAAGGCAAGAUCUUUGUCGAAGUCGAACGCGCCCGAGUCACCCUCCUGCUCUCCAAGAUGCUCUACUCGGAGAACAAGGUGAACGAAGCAGCCGACGCACUGCAAGACCUCGCCGUCGAGACGUUCGGCAGCAUGGACCGUCGCGAAAAGGUCGAGUUCAUCCUCGAACAGAUGCGCCUCAACUACGAACGCAACGACCUCGCCAAGAUGGCCAUCGUCAGCAAGAAGAUCAACACCAAGUUCUUCGAUUCGCCCAAGCAGUCGGACCUCAAGCUGCGAUUCUACGAGCUGAUGGUCUCGUACGCGCUGAAGGAGGACAAGUUCCUGGACAUCUGCAAGUACUACCGCGAGAUCUACGAUACCAAGGAGGUGAAGGAGGAUGAGGGAAAGAGGAAGGAGGCUAUGAGGAACGUGGUGGUGUUUUUGGCGUUGGCCAAGUUCGAUAAUGAGCAGAGCGAUUUGAUGGCUAGAGUGGAGGCGGAGGAAGGGUUGGAGGAGGUUCCGGAGCAUAGGAAUCUGUUGAAGUGUUUCACCACGCCUGAGUUGAUGCGUUGGCCCGGCAUCGAAGAACUCUACGGACCGCUUCUCAAGAGCUCCCCCACCUUCUCCUCCAAAGCCUCCGCCACACCUUCCAACUCCUCCACCACUCCCGUCAAAGACGGCCCGCAUCGAUGGGAACAACUGCACAAACGCGUCGUCGAACACAACAUCCGCGUCAUCUCCUCCUACUACACACGCAUCACCCUCGCGCGUCUUGCGCAGUUGCUGGAUCUAUCACCGGAACAAUCCGAAUCCUCCCUCGCAGACCUCGUUUCCACCGGCACCAUUUUUGCCAAGAUGGAUCGACCUGCUGGGUUGGUCACGUUCGAAAAGAGGAAGAGCAAUGCGGACGUGCUCAACGAAUGGUCCGCCGACAUGAACAAGUUGAUGUCGACGUUGGAGAAGGUCACGCACCUGGUGGAGAAGGAGUGGGCCAUUCACAGAGCUGGCAUUCGUGCUGCGUGA